UGCCCGGCCCGCCCCGCGCACGCAGCGAGCCGGGCAGGUGAGCUGCGCCCGCGCCAUGGCAGCCUCAGGGGUGGUUGGAAGAUGCGACAUCCUCAUCGUCUACGGCCCAGAUGCCGAGGAAUGGUGCCAGUACCUCCAGGACCUCUUUCUGUCCAGUCGGCAGGUCCGUAGCCAGAAGACGCUAACUUACAGGCUGAGCCCUGAGACCUCCUUCUCGGCCAAGGACCUGAACUUCUUCCUCAGCUCCCGCUGCGUGGUGGUGCUGCUGUCCGCGGAGCUGGUGCGGUGCUUCUGCCAGCCCACCCUGCUGCCCCUGCUGCAGAGAGCCCUCCAUCCCCCCCACCGCGUGGUGCGCCUGCUCUGCGGGGUGCAGGACAGCGAGGAGUUCCUGGACUACUUCCCAGACUGGGCGCACUGGCAGGAGCUCACCUGCGAGGACGAGCCCGAGACCUACGUGGCAGCUGUGAAGAAGGCCAUUUCGGAAGAUUCUGGCUGUGACUCAGUCACUGACACAGAGACUGAGGACGAGAAAGUCCCUUCCUACUUGAAGCAGCAGAGCCCGGCGCCGCAGACUUCACCCGGGAACCUGAUGGUGGUGCAGCCGGACCGCAUUCGCUGUGGGGCGGAAACCACUGUCUACGUCAUCGUGAGAUGUAAGUUGGAUGAGAGGGUGACGACAGAAGCGGAAUUUUCUCCUGAGGAUUCUCCCUCAUUAAGGGUGGAAGCCAAGCUGGAGAAUGAGUACACCAUUUCCGUGAAGGCCCCCAAUCUUUCAUCUGGGAAUGUUUCUCUAAAGAUCUAUUCCGGGGAGUUAGUGGUGUGCGAAACUGUCAUCAGCUAUUAUACUGACAUGGAGGAAAUUGGGAAUUUAUUAUCCAAUGCUGCGAAUCCUGUGGAGUUUAUGUGUCAGGCCUUUAAAAUUGUGCCCUACAACACAGAGACCCUUGAUAAACUGCUUACUGAGUCCCUGAAGAACAAUAUCCCUGCGAGUGGGCUGCACCUCUUUGGAAUUAACCAACUGGAAGAGGAAGAUAUGAUGACAAACCAGAGGGAAGAAGAGCUGCCCACUUUGUUGCAUUUUGCUGCAAAGUAUGGACUGAAGAACCUCACUGCCUUGUUGCUCACCUGCCCGGGAGCUCUACAGGCAUACAGUGUGGCAAACAAGCACGGCCACUACCCCAACACCAUUGCUGAGAAACAUGGCUUCAGGGACCUACGGCAGUUCAUCGAUGAAUAUGUGGAAACCGUGGACAUGCUGAAGAGUCACAUUAAAGAGGAACUGAUGCAAGGAGAGGAGGCCGACGCCGUGUAUGAGUCCAUGGCCCACCUUUCCACAGACCUGCUCAUGAAGUGCUCCCUCAACCCCGGCUGUGACGAGGAGCUGUACGAGUCCAUGGCUGCCUUUGUCCCAGCUGCCACCGAAGACCUCUAUGUUGAAAUGCUUCAGGCCAGUACAUCUAAUUCAAUCCCUGGAGAUGGCUUCCCUCGGACUACCAAGGACUCUAUGAUCCGCAAAUUUUUAGAAGGUAACAGCAUGGGAAUGGGCAGUCCGGAGAGGGACCUGCACUGCACUGGUCAGGAAGAAGAUGUUUAUCACACAGUGGAUGAUGAUGAGGCCUUUUCCAUGGACCUGGCCAACAGGCCCCCUGUCCCAGUGCCCAGGCCAGAGGCCACUGCCAGUGCUCCCGGCACGCACUACCUGCCUGACAAUGAACCAUACAUUUCUAAAGUUUUUGCAGAAAAAAGUCAAGAGCGGCCUGGGAAUUUCUACGUUUCCUCAGAAAGCAUCAGGAAAGAGCCUCUCGUCAGACCGUGGAGGGACAGGCCCCAGUCAAGUAUAUAUGACCCUUUUGCUGGGAUGAAAACGCCCGGCCAGCGGCAGCUCAUUACCCUCCAGGAGCAGGUGAAGCUGGGCAUCGUCAACGUGGACGAGGCUGUGCUGCACUUCAAAGAGUGGCAGCUCAACCAGAAGAAGAGGUCUGAGUCCUUCCGCUUCCAGCAGGAAAAUCUUAAACGGCUAAGAGAUAGCAUCACCCGAAGACAGAGAGAGAAGCAAAAAUCAGGAAAGCAGGCAGACUUGGAGAUCACGGUCCCCAUUCGGCACUCACAGCAUCUGCCCGGGAAAGUGGAGUUUGGAGUCUAUGAAAGUGGCCCUAGGAAAAGCGUCUUGCCCCCAAGGACGGAGCUACGGCGAGGAGACUGGAAAACAGACAGUACUUCCAGCACCGCAAGCAGCACAAGUAACCGAUCCAGCACUCGGAGCCUUCUCAGUGUGAGCAGCGGGAUGGAGGGGGACAAUGAGGAUAAUGAAGUCCCUGAGGUUACCAGAAGCCGCAGCCCAUGCCCCCCACAAGUGGACGGAGCACCCACUGUGCCCCUUGAGAGGCCCCCCAGGGUACCUCCAAGAGCAGCCUCACAGAGGCCUCCAACCAGGGACACCUUCCAUCCUCCUCCACCUGUUCCACCCAGAGGCCGCUGAUUGCACUUCCUAAAACCUUUCUGCUUCAGGACUUUGAGACUUGCAAGUUCAGCCUGUUAAUGAUGUCUUCGUGUUGAGUAUGAUGGCAUGACUGUUGACCUUAAGACCUGCUCUCAUGGCUGAUACUGUGGAAGCCCUGCUGGUUUGGGCUUUCCUUGAAGAGGAUAUGACUAAGGCCUGAAGAAGUGAAGAACUGAGGCCUUUAUUCACCAUCACCAAGUAUAUUGAUCCAUAUCCUUGUUUACCAAAAGGAGAAAGACUUAAUGGGACUACUUACCUCUAAUUUGGCACGUCAGAAGCCUGAAAAGAUUGAUCAGAAAUGUACUUUAUGAGUGAUUUUACUAAAAUGCACUUAUAUUAGGCCUUACUUAUUUGCUAGUCCAGCGUAACUUCUAGAAGUGGUUAUGAUUUAAGACUUAAAGUAUUCCAGUAAGAAGAUAUGUCCUGACUUUUAAAUGGUUCUUCAACUUUUCUGUAGAUACAGGAGGGUGUUUAAAUGUUGGAGCUGGUCACACAGAACAAACUGAAAAAGACUUUAGCGAGGGGUUAGUCCUAAUUCCUUGUAUGUGGAAUACAAAUCUGAGGUUCCACAGAAGUCUGGAACCAUCUCUAGGUAGCCAGUCACUCUCCCUCAAGAAAUGCCCGCAUGUAGAAAUUCAGUCACUGAAUGUUGACCUUCCAGAAAUGUCCUUCCUCCAUAUCUCCCGGGCAUGGGACUAUCAAGUUUGGUUUUUGUUUUUGUUUUUGUUUUUGUUUUUUUUCCAAUCUGGGCACUUAUACCUCACUAUGCUUUCAAAAUAGUGAUGUUACCAAGGAACAUCUAUAAAGGGUUGGGAACCAGAAGCUUGGGAUACCAUGGACCCCAUUUAUUGUUCUGCAGUCUUUAUAGAUCUUACAGGUUCUGGUCAUAAGGAGAGAGAAGGAUCCUUGACUUUUUCUCUGCCAAGGGGUUAGAAGAGAAAGGAGGAGUGUAAAAUAGAAAGUUAUCUAUUUCCUUAUAAAUGUAUUAUUACCAGUAGGCUUGGGAAAUGUUGCAGAGAUUAUAGAGCCAUUAUUAUGUCAUAAUUGUCAUAUGUCAUUAAUAUGUGAUUAAUUUUGAGUCAUUGGCACAGAAAUCUACCUUCAAAGCACAGAUCCUUAAUUGAUACUUAAACACACAGUAAAAUUAGUAUCAGACACAUUUCUUUAAAAAAUAUCAGAAAUCUGGUGAUUUUUCGUGAAAUGUAUUCUCUAUCCCACACAGAUAUAUACAAGCCACACUAUUAAUGAUCUAUUUAAAUACAGUUUUAUCGUGUCCUUUUCUAAUGAUCUGAGGUUCUGUUUCAAUUUCAUUCAUCAGUCCAGGAAACAAGGACUCUUAUUGAAGUUAAUAGCUUCUAGGUCGUGGGUCUUUUUUCUGACAUAUAAUACACUAUUGGCCAUGGCCAGUAAGAGAAGAUUUGUGCAAAUCACCUACCACAAUGCCUGGCACAUAGUAGCCAUUCUGCUGUGGUCUCUUUACUCUUCUUGUCACUUAUUUGGGAGAAAGAGGGUAAUGCAGGAUCAAAGGAGAACAAGAAAUUAUAAUGUUGGUAUUGCUGUCCUUUCUCUUAUUUAUAGAUGGUUUCUUAAGCACAUUUGGUUUUGAUGAAAGCUGUACUUUUUUAUAUUCAAUAUCUCUAAGCCCUCUCUUGGGAUUGCCGAAUUUAGAUUUUUAUACAUUCUUUAAUAAGCAUUUAGAUCAAUAACAUGGCAAAACUUACUGCCAGCUAAUGGUGUUAGCAUCUUUGUAUGCACAUCACUGUGCAAUAUUGGGAUAUUUUAUUACAUUUUGUUCUUCUGUGAAAGUAAUGGAAAAUAUAAAAUUGAAAGUGCUGAUUAGAAACUUGGGUCUGAUAAAUGUGACACACUUGAGACAUGGGUGGAAAUGGUCCAGAGUUCAUUGCACAUCUGGUCUGCUCCAUGUUAUCAAAGAAUGUCUUUAAUGAUGAUGUGAAAUUCUGCAUUCUUUAGAAACAGCACUACCCAUUAUGACAUGAAUUUAUUCAACUUCCACAUACUCAACAUUUAUACACAUUUUUAGGAAUAUGUUAUGUAACAAAACCAUGAAUUUCAAUACAGUGAGGAUCCAAAACCAGAUUGUAACUAGGUACCAAACAGACUGUUAAAAAUUUCUCUGUGUGAUGCUUUGGGAGGCAACGCAUCCCCGUCCUUCCCCAAGAUUUUAUGAGCUGGUUCAAUAGAAAGUGAAGCUAUUAGUCAAAUUCACUGCCAUUGCCUUUCCUUCUAACUGUACAAGGUACAUUGCCCUCCAGUUCCUAGGCUAGUAUUCUUCCUUCAUCUUGUAUUAAAACCUGAGAGUAGAUAACUCAACAGUAUAAGAAGCAAAGCAUGAAGACUGAGAGAUUAUGAACAAGAGGCUGGUGUUGCAAGCAAAUCAUUUAACUUGACAUAUUUAAUGAUGUGAAUAAACCUUAAUGCUUUGCCAUAAGUAGGCAAAGUGAUAGUAUGUAAAUUACUUCGGUGAGUAGUUUUACAAGUCAAGCUGAAUACCUAUUCUUCCCUCCAUUUUUCUGGCUUUGUUGCUAAAAAAGAGAGGUUUUAUUUCAUCCUGUAUCACCUCAAUAGUUGGGAUUUUUUAGAUCCCUGUCCCAUAUGCACCAGGAAAUAAGAUGGUUUUCUGUGCUCCUCUGUCAAAGAAUGGUGUGUGGCUUUGCAGCUGGUUGGCUGAGGAAGUAUUAAUACCGACUCAUUUGAGUCUGAGAACCAAAUGUUUUAAGUGAUUGCUUCUUGAAGAGAGAACUUAGAACAAUCAUAAAGUUUUCCUGUGACUAAAACAUUUCAAGCAAGAACAGAAAAGAUAGAGGUGCAAAGUGAUAAAUAGCAAUAGAAGGACUGCCCCAACCCAGAAGUAAGUACUGGGAAGAGCAACAUUACAAAGUAGAAAGAAGGAAUACAAUUUCAAAGAAAAGGUGAUCUGAAACUGGCCCUUGUACACAGAAGGCAAGGAGAGUAAAGAAAGAGGCAGCCCACUCCAGAUUGAUAGGGUAGCAGUUUUAAUAAGCAAGGAAAUUUGCAUACAAGGUUUGUGUUGAGCGGUCAUAAGGCAAGUAGAUCUUCCGCAUCUGCCCACCAGAAUCUUAAAAGUUCACAUAGAGAGGCCUUAACUGGGUACCGUCACAUAUACUGUCCAGAUGAUCUCAACAACAUCUUACUCACUCAAGGCUAUGUCCUUAGAAUAGCUCCCACUUUGGGAAUGGUGGGCAGAGUAUAUAUUCCAAAGACAGGGAAGGGGGUGAGGCUCUCUGAUUGCCAGGGUCCAGCUCAAGGACCAAUUGGUGGUCAGAUCCUUUCAAUUACCUUCUCUAGCAGUAGCUGAGGUUGGAAAUCAGAAGAUAUAUUAUUUAUAGAGCAAGACUUUUGAAGAUCAUGUUAAUCAAGAAUGAGAAUAAAAGAUGGAAAUUGUG